GCGGAGAGCGGGCACGCGUCUUCGGUACGGUAUUCGCGAACUAUGUGAAUGAUGUGUUUUUGUUGGUUUUUAUGUUUAUAAAAUGGAUGGCGAAAAUAGGAUUAUACUUAACGUUGGUGGUAUUAGAUACGAAACCUACAAAGCGACUUUGAAGAAGAUCCCCGCGACUCGGCUGUCACGACUGACGGAGGCGCUCGCCAACUACGAUCCUGUUCUCAAUGAGUACUUCUUUGAUCGGCACCCGGGUGUCUUCGCGCAGGUGCUCAACUAUUACAGAACCGGUAAACUGCACUACCCAACAAAUGUCUGUGGGCCUCUUUUCGAAGAAGAGCUGGAGUUCUGGGGUCUGGACUCCAACCAGGUGGAACCGUGCUGCUGGUCCACCUACAGUAUACAUAGAGAUACACAGAAUACUCUGGCAAUUCUGGAUAAACUCGAUAUCGACAGUGAAAAGCCAUCUGAAGAAGAGAUUGCAAGAAUCUUCGGGUAUGAAGAAUCUUACCAUGCUGGAGAGCUCGGCCCCUGGCAGAGGAUCAAGCCCAAAGUCUGGGCCCUGUUUGACGAACCUUCUAGUUCACCAUCUGCAAAGAUGAUAUCCGGCACGUCAGUCUUCUUCAUAUGCAUCUCAGUUCUCUGUUUCUGCCUGAAAACCCAUCCCGACCUUCGAGUGACAGAGCCGUACAACAUUCUAAAUUUCACGUUUAAUGAUACAGCCGUUGCGACCCUAUGGUAUGAUAACGAGCAGCCACACGUCGCUUUCUUCUACAUAGAACUAAUUUGCAACGUGUGGUUCACAAUUGAACUUCUUGUGAGAUCCGUGGUAGCUCCAAACAUAAUCGAUUUCGUGAAAUCCCCAGUGAAUAUAAUAGACUUCAUUGCCACACUAAGUUUCUAUUUGGACGUUGUAGUAGAAUUGGCCGUAGUGAGACGAAAAAUAGACAAAUCAGAUAUACUAGAAUUUAUAUCGAUCGUGAAAAUAUUGCGUUUGUUCAAACUGACGAGGCACAGCCCGGGUUUGAAGAUAUUGGUGCAUACGUUCAAGGCGUCUGCGAAAGAAUUGACACUUCUUGUGUUUUUCCUUGUGUUAGGAAUCGUGAUAUUCGCCAGCUUGGUUUAUUAUGCUGAGAAGUCACAAGACAACCCAGACAAUCAGUUCAAAUCGAUCCCACUGGGACUCUGGUGGGCGAUCGUUACCAUGACAACAGUCGGCUACGGGGACAUGGCCCCGAAGACCUAUCUGGGGAUGUUUGUUGGGGCCCUCUGUGCCCUGGCAGGGGUGCUCACUAUAGCUCUACCAGUGCCGGUCAUCGUGUCCAAUUUCUCCAUGUUUUAUUCACAUACACAGGCGCGAUCAAAACUGCCGAAGAAGAGACGUCGAGUGUUACCCGUUGAGCAACCCCGAAGGAAACGCGACGCCACCGCCUCAAAUCGUCGAGUGAAUGCCGUGAAACAUCCGGUUGUGUUAAAGGACCUUCAGGGAGCUAACAAGUUCGGUGUCAAUGGCAUGAACAUGAUUAGUUUGGCUUUACAAGGUCCACCGAAUGUACUUCGUCCUCCGCCCACCGCACAGCCACUACAAGCUCGGGCUCCUAUAGUCGAGAGCCCGAUAGUAAACACGCAAUGCGCUACCAUAUCGUUGGCAUCACUACAACCUCCCCUGAUGACUGCCCCGCCCUUACAACCACGGCCUGCCACAACCGGAUCAUUAGAUCUGAUGCUACCCUUGCAACCAAAACUCUUACCAGGGUACAACCUGCAAUCAUCAUUUCUAUCCAGCACCUUGUCAACUGUCCGACCUCCGGAUUUGAACAAAAUUAUUAGAGAUGACUUUAAACCGACAGUAGAUAUAAUUGUUGAGAAAUCGGAAGAUGUAGAUAACAAAAUGUGUUGUGAUGUAGGUAGAAUUAUAGAUGAUAAUGUAUGUUGUGAAAUUAAUUCGAAUGUUAUAGAGAACGAUGCAUGUAAAGAUAGUCCUAAUAAUAAUUCAGUUUAAACCCAUUUUACUGUUUUGUUUAUUGUAUUAAAAUUGAUCUUUACGAAAAUAAUACUUGUUAAGAUAGAAAACUUAAAUGUUAACGAAAUUAAUAUUGGUUGUUAAUCCGCUUUCACUUCGCAAUAUUCGUAAUUUUCUCUAGUACUUAUUGAUAUUGGAAACCAGGAGUUUUUGUCUUUAGUCUUUCGAUAAAUCUUACUCUACUAAAAUAAUAAUAAUUAUUAUUUAUUUAUUCAAGCAGACCAAAGUCCAUAUUAUUAUUAACGUGUUUAUUUAUAUCUACGGUAUAUGUUAGCUUUAAAGUAUAACUCAAGGUUAUAAGUAUAGGCCAAGGCAGUAUAUUUUGCCCACUCAGGCUUUCUUAGUUUUAUACGCGUGACGAUUACCUAAAUCGUCGGAGUUAUGCCCCGAGAGUAUAUCCAAACGUAGGAACUCUCUAAAACUACAUAGCAUUCAUUUGUUACAUAGAAAUUAGCAUUUCAUUAUUUCGCUUAUAUUAUAUUGUUAUAUGCGAGAGGUUAAUAUAGAAUAAAACUAAAUUCCUCUAUCAUUUAAAGCACCCCGAUGACCCAGGAACCGUACAUUUUGGUCCUUCGAGCCGGAUAUGAACCAGCGACCUAUGUUUAGUUAUGCGAGUGAGAGUGGAUUAAUUAUUAACUAUUUACUAAAAUUCCGAUUAAUAUUCAAAACUAAUGUUCUAUAAACUAAAUUAUUUUGUCUAAUCAAAACUAUAUUGACCAAAUAGUAGUACUUAUUAGAAUUUCGUUCAAUAAUUGUAAAUUUUGUAAAUGAAAGACGAGACAGUGAUGUUGUAAUGUAAAUAAUAGUUAUAUUCCAAUUGUUGUUAAUUAUAAUUAUUAUGUAUUAAAUAAUUUACGAUG